GAGGGUGGUGUUUUACGGUCAUGAAUGAGGUUGAUGAAUUUUUGCAUGUGUGCAACCAUGACGGACCUUGAGCUUCCGUUGUUUUUCCCAGUGUUUUCCUUCCCCAAGGUCGCUCACCAUAUUACACAGUUACGGUUCCAAAGAGUAACAGCUCAUGCAUCAUAACCUGGCACAAACAUCAGCCUCCGACACAAGCAUACCAUCCAUUCUCUACCACAGCAGACACUCCGCUCACGAACCCAACGGUCUCAUUCAUAACGAAGUAAAAACCACGCCAUCCGAACUACUCACAGAUUACCCGCAGGAAGUCACUUGGUUGUUCUUUCGCGAAAACCGAUGGACACCAUUCCAAAGCGAUAAUCAUUACAAGAUUGAGCAGGUAUUUACUUUAGGAGGCAUUUACGUCGACAUAAAAGACCACAAUUUCCCGCAACUGAAAAGCAUACGAGUAUUUCCAACACGGUUUUAUCUAUCAUACCUUGGCAUGAAAUACAGACUAAGCUGCAUUAUUCAAGCGUGAUAAUUUUUCCCUCCAUGUUAUCUGCAGAACGUCCGUUAGAAUAUCACAGCAUCAUCGUUUUCUACGAUCAGCCGGUCUGUUGCCCCUUGAUCGCUUUUUUUUUUCCUUCUCUAAUCAACCACUUGCAUUGUUUUUGCAUGAAUAUG